CGCACUGGUGGCCGCCGCGUCCGCCGCGUCCGAGGCUGACGUGAUCCUGUGGAGGCCGGGACAGAGGUCUUGCAGAUGGCCCCGCUACCGGGGGCAGAGCUGGUCCAGAGGCCGCUGCAGCUCUACCGAUACCUGCUGCGCUGUUGCCGGCAGCUGCCAACCAAGGGCAUCCAGGAGCAUUAUAAGCAUGCUGUCAGGCAGAGUUUCCGAGUUCAUUCGGAUGAAGACAACCCUGAGAGGAUCCAGCAGAUUAUUAAAAGAGCCAUUGAAGAUGCUGACUGGAUCCUGAACAAAUAUAAAAAACAAAACUGAGACUCCAGGACGUAGUGAGUGCAGCUGCCUUGGAGACACUGAUAUUGAGAGCCCUCACUUCGCCUGGCACUAAUCAGCAGCAGCAGUUUUGGAAUAUCCACUAGCCUCGUUGGCUGGGAGCAGGAAAUCAGGGGUAGGAGAAGCUGAUAUUUGCUCAGACGAUCUUCUUGCCAUGUUUGUGUCUCCAGUGUCUCCUUUAUGUUUGCUUUUCCAGCUGGUUAUGAUGUGAGAUUUGGGGAGAAUGUGUUUUCUCACUUUGCACUGAAAGUGAUUCAUUUAUUCUGGACAUCAUUCUUUGAGACCCAGAGCCGAUGUGCCCUCCUAGAGCUGCGUGUUCAGAGGACAGGGCAUGGGUUUAAGAACCAGACAGAUCUGGAUUUGAAUCUCAGCUCAGAGGCUUUUCAAGGGUGUUGGCUUCAAGUCCAGUUUCCUCCUUCAUUAGGAUUAGAUAAGAUGAAAUCAAAGAGCCUGACGUAGGACCUGGUAUGCGGUGGGGCCAGUAAAUAUCCCUCUGAGGAAGCCGUCCUCUGCUGCUCCCACGGUCACACAUCUCUCUAGCUCCCUCCACAUCAGGUCUUAGUUCCUUGUGGGUUGGUCCCGUCCCUGCCUGUCACCGCAGGCCCCCGAGCCCCGGCAGUUGCACUGUGCCCAGCGGUCCGCCCAGCAGCUGCUCUUCCUGACAUCAGCCCAGAGAGGCAGAAACCCUGGUCCUUGCCAUCUUGGGGUUUAUUGUGUCCCAGAGUGGCGAAACAAAGAACGCCAGAGCAGCUGCAGUAGACACCGGCGCAUUCAGGCUGUGUGAACCUGUGAUCUGUUUUGACCGGCCCUUGCCUACUUUACUCCACCUUAGCAGGAAAGCGGGGAGGAGCAAGCCAGCAGUCAUGAGGUUAUCGUGAGCCUGAAAUCGGUGGAGAAUGCAGACCUGGGUCACAUCCCAACUGCACACAAGUUACUCUUGGGUGACUUACCUCCUCUCCUUCAGCUUCGGUUUCCCCGUCUGGAGGAAUGGAGUAAUGACCGUACCUACCUCACGGGGCCACAGUGAGGAGUCAUGAGCCCUAAUGUACACCAAGUGCUUCACCCAGAACCCGGCCUGGGGAGCCAGGGAGAAGGGAGCUCAGAGAGGUUGAGCCCCUUUUCAAGGUCACAAAACUGCUAAGCCAGGUCUGUGAAUGUACCAAAUACUAUAGAUUUAGGAGGGAAAGGAGAGCAGCCGGGAAAGAGGGAAGGAAGGGUGAGAGGGAGGGAGGGAGGAGAGAGGGAGAGCAGCAGGGAAUGUCGGGGUAACUGGCCGGAGUGGGCAGAGCAGCCAGAAGAUGCAGAGGGAAGCCACACCAGGAUGCGAGUGUCCCCCAGGGACUCUCAACCAGAGGAUGAGCUAGCGUACACUUGUGUCCUUGCAGCAUGUGACUUAAAGUGACUGAGAUACGCCCAUGUGCACUCAGUUGAUCAGCAGAUAAUGAAGUAAAUACAUCAAUUUGUGAAAGCUCUGGUGUAUGUUGUUCCCUACUGUGUGCUGUCAUACUAGAUGUUGAGGAUUAGAGAUAGGCAAACAGAAAGCUGCCUGGGAGGGAUCAUUCUUCAGAGUCCUAAUUCAUUAAUUGAAAUGUCCAAUCCUAGGUAAAAAUAAAAUUUCAAAACUUGAAUUAAGGUGGUGGUAUCUCCCCUCUUCCAGUUGGGAUCUGCUGCAGUGGGAAACCCGCUGUCA